AAAAUCAAACUGUGAGCAAAUAUUCUGAAUUAAAGGACUGUCCACUUUUUUUGUCGUGAGCAAAUGAAACCAUGGCAGGAGCCGGCCGCUGACCAAAGGUUCUGUCUUGCCUAAUUCAGAGUUGUUGUCAUUUGCACUCUGUGUCAGUUGGCUUGUAGAUCCACGAGGAAAUUUGUCUCAAUGCUGCCGGAUCCCUGUAACGCAGAGUGAAAAAUGGACAAAGAAUUGGGCCUGUGUCUGUUCCUGGUGCUGCUUCUCUGUCACAAAGGCAACACACUGCCACACACCUCAUGUCCAUACACUUGCCAGUGUUUCACUUCAGUCCAGAUACUGUGUGCUGACGAACGGAUGUCAUCUUUACCCAGGAACAUGUCCAGGCAGGUCAAGGACCUUAUUGUAAUAAAAACAGCCGUGGCGUAUCUGUACCCCGACACUUUAGAGGAGAGCCCCCAACUCACCAAGCUUGUCUUCAUGAGCAAUGCACUGCGAAGUAUUCACUCCCAGGCUUUUGAGCAUCUGACCGAGCUGCAGGAGCUGGAGAUCAGUGGGAACCCCUGGCUGGAGCAUUUAUUUCUGGGGACUUUUUCAAAGCAGGAAAAUUUGAUCAAACUGCUGCUUAACUUCAACAAGUUCAAGACAGUGCUUCUUGGCAUGUUUGACUCUCUUAAAAAGCUUGAAACUCUGCAGAUGAAGGGAAACCUCAUAUCUGAGCUGCCUUCAUUUAUUUUCCUGAACCUCCACAAUCUGCGUGUCCUGGAUUUAUCCAUAAAUAAGCUUGAAUAUGUAAACAGGGAAACUUUUUCUGGGCUGGGAAGACUGGAGAUCCUAAACAUCAACAACAACCUUAUCAGCAAUCUUACUUCUGACUUGUUUUACAAUAUGUCUCAGCUGACAGAGCUUCACUUAGAGGGGAAUAAGAUAUCAGAGCUCGCUGACGAUAUCUUCUUUGACUUAACCAAACUAAAAGUGCUGAACCUCCGUGGAAACCUUCUUACAACCUUCAGUGACAAAGUGUUUGGAUUUGAGGCCUCGGAUUUGACAGAGCUGAAUCUAAAAGGCAACAGAUUGACUCAGCUGUCCUCUUUAAGCAGUUUGACGUCUCUUACUGACCUAAUCUUGUCCUCCAACCAGCUCUCUGAACUUCCUGGGGACGUUUUUAGAAAUAUAACACUCCUGGAGAAUCUGGACCUGUCUGAAAACAAGUUCACCCUGCUGCCCGAGAUGAUCUUUCAUGAUCUAAUUGGCAUCAAGUCGAUCCACCUACACAAGAACAACCUGAGCAAGGUGGAUGUCAAACUGUUCGAGGACCAGGUGCUCAUUCAGCAGCUCUACUUGUCUGACAACCAGCUGGAAAGUCUCCCACUGGGCGUUUUCGACCAUUUUGCCAUCCAGCACACAGUGAGGCUGCACGGGAACCCCUGGAAAUGUGACUGCCACAUGUGGUAUUUGCACGACUGGGUGCAGAGAAACAGCCGAGACAUAGAGAUGCUCGACAGGAUGCUCUGCAGGAGCCCCAGCUUUUUGAAAAGACGGGCAGUCAUCUCCAUUGAGAAGGACCAGCUGGUGUGUGAGGGGUCUACAUUUGACAUGCCUGAUCUCAGUGGCUGUAGCCUGCAGUCUUCUGGUGACACUGUGAUUGUCAAUUGCAAAGUGGAGAAAUGCUCUCCACUAACAGUGAAGGUACAGUUUCAGGAGGAUGACGGCAGUGUAGUGGAGCAUAUUUUGAAAGAAGAGUCUCAAUGUAGCAAUGAGACAACCACUGACAUCCCUGCUGAGUAGUUCUUUCACACACUCAGACUUUGUUCUCUGUGCAAAUACGUCAUCAUGCAUCUGGUCUUUCUUCAUACAAAAAGUCAAAUUAUAUGUUCAGACUGUCACAGUCAAUACUGUAAACAACGCAGUGGCUGAUAGCCAGCUUACAUGAUAAGAGGGGUGGAUGAACUCUUUUCUUGUAAAGUUCAAAGUUCAACCCACUAUAUUUUAAGAUCACUGCUAAGAGGAACAUGUUAAUAAUCUGCUAACAUGUUGAAUCUCCAGUAACUGUCUCUGGCACACUCGGCUAUGUGCACCAGCAUUAUCAAACUGAGAAAUGAUCAGGGCAGGAUAUUAAGGAAUGAUGCAAUAUGUCCUUUUACAGGUAUAUCAUGUAUUUUGCCAUUUUCAAGAAGUUUCGGAACAGUUGCUAAUUUAAAACGUCAAUAAAAUGUAUAUUUGCUUA